AUGUCCAACAACUCCAACAAGUCACUGGCUGUAUCGGCCGAACCCACAAACAGCUCGCUGUUCUCCAGCAUCGCUUCGAGCUCUCAGCGCGCACUGAUAAACCUGCUCCGAAUAGGACCCAUACCAAAACAUGUCGGAUUCAUUAUGGAUGGUAACAGACGAUACGCCAAAAAGUUGGGAGUGCAGACAAGGAUUGGGCAUGUGGUUGGGAGCAAAAGCUUGGAGAAGACCCUUGAAUGGUGCCUUGACCUCGGAAUAAAUGUGGUGACAGUGUAUGCAUUCAGUAUCGAGAACUUUAAACGACCACGCGAAGAAGUAGAUGUUUUGAUGGAUUUGGCGUGCCGAAAGUUUGAAGAAUUUAGUAAACACAGCACGUUUGUAUCGAAGCAUUCCAUACGAAUUCGCGUUCUGGGAGACACAUCUCUUCUGCCGCCUCAUGUCCUUGAAGCUGCACGCCAAGCAGAAGCCUCAACCCGCUAUCACACUCGUGCCGUGCUAAACAUAUGCUGUCCCUAUACAUCUCGACAUGAAAUGGCCGAAUCUGUAGCUUUGGCCGUGCGUGGCGUCAAAGAGGGACAUUUAAGAGUGGAUGAUAUUGAUGAGCAUCUUUUAGAUCGGUUGAUGCAGACUGGAGAGGACCCUGAGCUGGAUAUUUUGGUGAGGACAAGUGGGGAGAAAAGGCUGAGUGACUUUUUAUUGUGGCAGGUGACUAAGGACUGCCAGGUUCAUUUUCUUGAUGUCCUCUGGCCGGAAUUCAGCUUUUGGAAUAUGCUUCCCGUUCUUUUGUCUUACCAGGCAAACUACACGCGACGCCAGGCAGCCCGGAUUGCUAGCAUUGCUCCUUCACCGGCACGAAUAACCUGGCCGGGCAGUUCUAAUCCCGAUGACCAGGCCGAUGGCACAGAGGAUGAGGAGGCGCGGGGUGCUCGUGUGGAGCGUUACUUGCAGUUACUUAGAGAGGAGAAGAUGGCACAGUAG